AUGCGUUUCACUCUUUCUUCCGCUGCAGCCCUUUUGGGUCUUGUUGCAUCUUCCACCGCCCAGCGAACCACCGCAUACACCGACCCCAAGACAGGCAUCGACUUUCAGCGCCUGGUCAACCAUGACUUUAGCGUCGGUAUCGCUGUCCCCGAGACCCUGGGCACAGACCUGAUCGCCCAGCUUGUCGUCCCCGUUGCGAAAGAAGGAUGGGGAGGUAUCUCUUUCCGAGGCGGUAUGGUUAACGGUCUUCUCUUCGUCGCUUGGCCCAACGGUGAAGACAUCGUUACCAGCUUCCGUUUGGCUGGCUCGUACGCUAACCCUGACACGUACACCAACACUACUGUCAAGGCGACGCCUAUUCCUGAGGGUACUUUUGUCAACAGUACUCAUUUCUCGUACACCUUCCUCUGUGAGGGAUGUGUCGUGGAAAAGGUUACUAGCCUUACUGGAGAGUCACCCGUUGUUGGAUACGCUUACUCUACCAUUGCUGUCGACGCUCCUGCUGAGCCCGAGAGUGCCCUCUCUUACCACGGUGCUGGCUUCGGUCAGGGUGGUCUUGACAUCAAGGCUGCUGCAUCUGCCAAGUUUGCUGAGUGGGCUGAGAUGGCCAAGGAGACUACUCCUACACCUCCUGGUGGCGGUGGUGGUGGAAACGGUACCACCCCUGUUCCUGACACCCCUCCUACCACUUCCAACGUCACCUACGAUGUGAUUGUCGUCGGUGGUGGCCCAGCUGGUAUCAUCGCCGCUGAGCGUCUCGCCGAGACAGGAGUCAGUGUUCUUCUCAUCGAGCGUGGCCCUGCCAACACUGUCGCCCUCGGAAACACACAGCAAGCCCUCCCCUGGAACAACAGCCUUACUCCCUACGACGUCCCCGCUCUUGGAAGCAGCAUGGGUAGCAUGUCUGGCACCAAGUUCUGCAGUGACACCGCUUCCACUGCCGGAUGUCUCCUCGGAGGUUCCAGCUCCAUCAACGGUCUCAACUUUAUUCACCCUCCUGAGCGCGACUUCCAGCGCUGGCCUGCAGGCUGGAGCUGGGCUGAUAUGUCGGCUGCCGCUGAGCGUCUAUACGAGCGUAACCCUGGAACAACCCUUCCUUCUGACGAUGGAGAGUACUACGAUGACAUGACAUUCCGUGUCCUCGAGGGUUACCUCAGUGCCAAGGGCUGGAAGGAGGUUGAUUCUAUUGAGCAGCCAAACGAGAAGCACGAGGUUUACUCUCGCUGCUCUUGGUCUAUCAAGGAUAACAUGCGCGCUGGUCCUGCCCGUACUUACAUGCCCUUUGCCAAGGCCCUUCCCAACUUUACCCUCAAGCUUGAGACUAAGGUUAUCCAGCCCAUUCGAUCCGGCAGCAUGAUCACUGGUGUUCUCACCCAAGCUGCCGAUGGUAGCAAACAGAUCAUCAAUGUCAAGGCCGGUGGUAAGGUCGUUCUCGCUGCUGGUGCCAUGUCUACUCCCCGUCUUCUCUGGAACGCUGGUAUCGGCAAGUCUGAUGCUCUUGCCCUCGUCAAGGAGGGCGCUUCUCGAACUGGCGUUACUCUGCCUCCUGCUUCUGACUUUAUUGAUCUCCCCGUUGGUCACCACCUCCAGGAUCACGCUCAGGUCAUGCUCCAGUUCAAGACCAAGAGCAACUUUACCGCGUACAAGUUCAACGACAUUGCUACCAAGCCCGUCCCCUCCGAUUUGGACCUGUACAUGCAAGGUUCCGGUCCCAUCACCCAGGCUGCUCAGCGCAUGCACUUGUGGACUUCUGCCGAGGGCGCUGACGGUCGCGUUCGCUACCUUCAAGGCACAGCUAGUGCCAUGGCCGAUGGUAUCAUCACUGUCCGCACAUUCUUGACCCACGGCACUUCCACCGUCGGAGAGCUUGGUAUCGCUGCUGGAGGAAACACUCUCCUCAAGACAAAGCCCUGGUUGAUCGACCAAGAGGAUCGAAAGGCCAUGGGUGACUUUGUCCAAUACUGGUUGGACCUCGUCAGCGCAAGCAACUCUACCCUCUCUUACAUCACCCCCGGUGCCACCGUUGAUGACAUCCUCGCAACCAAGAUGAUCAGCGGUGAUCACUGGAUGGGCAGCGCCAAGAUGGGUGUUGACGACGGUCGUAAGUCCAACGGAAGCAGCGUCGUGGACCUCAACACCAAGGUCUACGGUACCGAUAACCUCUUUGUUGUCGACGCAAGUCUGCACCCUGAUCUCCCAACAGGAAACACCCAGUCCAUCAUUAUGAUUGCUGCUGAGCACGCUGCUGAGAAGAUUGCUGCUCUCAAGGUUGUCGGUGGAGGUAGCAACUCUACCAUUCCCGAGCCUAUUUCUUCUGCUCCCACACCUGUCCCCACCCCUUCAACAGGUACCAAGUGCAAGCGGGCUAUUCGUCGUGCUGCUCGUAGGUCCAUUGACUUUCGACGACGAUCAGCUUACUGA